UCGUCAUCGCGUACACAAGGGGACAUUUUUGGAGAGAAAAAAAUUAUUUUCAUUUUGUAAAUUUGUGGGCUUCAACUUAAGUCGAAAUAUUAUAGUACCCGAUAAGGCAGUCAACAAAACGGGUAAAUCAAGUAGUGCAUCGUGGUGCGACGCGAAAUCUGACUAAAAAUCGAAUUUUACCUAUACCAAGCAAAGUUGGCUGCUGUAAAAAAAAAUCGUUUUCUGGCAGCAUAAAUUUGGAUGAAAAAUCGGAACCGUUCUUGGUUUGUUUGAUUGGAGAACUAUAAAAAGCAGUGUGAUAGCUUACGAGCCACCUUUUUUUUUCGAUCGUGAAAGGCCAGUGUUUAUCCGCAGCAGUGUUGGGGUUACUGUGCGAAGGAUUUUUCAUCCUCUGCCUCUGCGUCGCUCUGACGUUUGGCUAUCUAAGGGAUUGGAUUUCGAAGGCCAUCCGCGAGGGAAACGCCACCACCAUGGGUGAACACUCGUUGCCGGGUCAGUCCGCGAACGAACAGCCCGAACCGGUGGCCCAGUCGAGCGAAUCGGCCGGAACAUCUGGUCAGCAGCAGGGCGUGCAGGAUCUGCGCGAAAUUUGCCAGCUGCUGUGGGGUUCCUCCAUUCGGCAGGAAGUUUUCCGUCGCUGGUCCCAGGGGUUCGAGUUCAGCGAGAGUGAACCGUCCGCCCUGGUGCAGCGCGACGGGGGACCGUGCUGCGUAAUCGCCCCGGUGCAGGCGUACCUACUGAAGAUUCUGCUGAUGGAAACACCUGGGCAUAGUUUUAAUGAUUUAACGACGGAUAAAUGCAAAGCAUUACUCAUUCAAGCAAUCUGUCAAAUACUGACCAAGUGUAAAUUGAGUAAGUAUCGAGUUGUCAGUCUGAAGCCACGCCAACAUUCACCGCACGUUGGCAGCACUGUUUGUCCGGAGCCGGAAAUGGAUGGCGAUGCGGAGAUGGUCGAUGCGCUAGACACGCUUCCCCCGAACGACGAAGGCAUCGAAGAAGGAGUGGAAGUGAUGGUGGCGUCCGAUUUGGUAAAUCGGAAUACGGCUGCCGCUUCGCCGGAUACGGCAGAAGCUGGCAGGGCGAUUACCACCGAACCGUGGACUCCGGAAGCGUUUCACGAGAGGCUAACCGUUACCGAACUGGAACGGAUCGACGACGUGGAGAAGUAUUACGCUGGACACUUUCAGGUGUUGGCCGACGAGUGCGGUGUUCUAUUGCUGUUGUAUACGGUUCUGUUGACCAAGGGUCUCGAUAACGUUCUGGGUGAAGUGUCGGAUACUUCUGAACCCCUGAUACACGGUACCUACGGUUACGGUAGUCAAGCUUUGAUCAAUCUAAUGCUAACCGGACGUGCUGUUCCGUACGUCUGGGACAACGAGCAGGACGUCGGAGGUUUGAAGCUUAAAGGCAUCACGCAACAGUCGGAUAUUGGCUUCAUUACUCUGAUGGAACAGAUGCAAUACUGUACCGUUGGAUUCUUCUACAAAAAUCCAAAGAGUCCAGUCUGGGUGAUGGGAUCUGAAACGCAUUUGACGGUGCUUUUUAGUAACGAGAAAAGAUUAGUUUCGCCGGAAACACCGAGUGAGGUAGCUCGGCGGGUGUUCCGACAGUUCGACACCGAAGGCAGCAACUUUAUUCCCAGUCCACUGCUGCAGGAUGUGCUAUGCGCUCUGGACCUGGUUAGCGAACCGGAAUAUGUGGAUCUAAUGCGCAAAAAACUGGACCCCGAAAGUCUCGGCAUCAUUCUGCUGAACGAAUUUAUGUACGAAUUCUUCCCAACGGAGAAGAAAUCAAUACCGGAUACGUUCGAUCUGCUGCACUACAACGGCAUUCCCAACUCCAACUGCGAGAAUCGGGUGCGGUACAGCAAAGGGCACGCGAUCCUGCUGGAAAGUGAUGUGCGUAUGUGCAAUCCAUCGGAUCCGAUGCUGACCUGCCUGCAGACCAAGUGGCCCAACAUCGAAGUCAACUGGAACGACUCCCGGACACCGUCACUGAAUUGACCGAACGAAGUGUUGUUUUCGUUGAUUGCAUGUUAGAGAGCAGAGGAAUUUGUUAGAACCCGGGAGAGCAACACGGGGCCCAAAUGCUUUUAUUCUUCUGCAACACACACAUACAAAUGCGACAAAGCGCUCGUUUUUUUGUUGCGCGUGUCGUUAUCCCUUUUACAAAUUCGGUAGCUUCGAUAACAAUCUCCCAUUCCUCCCCCCAGAGUUACUGUUAAUGGUGUACAUUGUAAUUCAUUUUCUUCCAUGAAAUAAUAAUAACUCGGAAUAACCAGCCCGCAGCAGUGGGCUAGGCUGCACAGACGAAGCCAGUCUCUAUUUCGGAUUUGGACCAAAACCAAAGCUGCGCAGGCUGGUUAUUCACUUUACUCAUACAAAAGCAUACUUGACUCAAGUUCGUAAACACACACAGAUACAGUUGAAGCAAUCCAUCACACAAAUGCUAAUAAUCUCGAUAGGUAAACUGGACCCAAAGUAGCUGAUCUGCGAUGAGCUAUGUAGUAGAAAAGGAUCACAUUUAAAACAAAUAGUAGUACCUACUAAUUCACAGUUCGAUUAAUCGUCAGAUAAUUCCUCACAGCAGCAAAAUACCGUAAAAAACCAAAUAGUACAUACUAACCCCCUAACCAAGAAAACAACAACAAAAACAAAAACCAAAUCAGGCCGGAACCGAUUGACACCGCUGGGAAGGAUCCAUAUUGAAGUGACCUACGAAUGUGAACACAGUGUAAUGUGUUUUAGUUUAUUCCUUCGCGAGCAAGAAGGGCGGCAAAUGCAGCCAACGUUAAUAAAGAACCGUAGUAGGAAAUAAACCCGAGAACGAAAUCAAAGAUAUGUACCGUGGAAUGUUCGAAAAAAAAAACAAACAAAAAUAUAUAUAUGAAAAUUAUUAACAGAUACCCUA